GGCUGUAGUCAACGACCCACAAACUUUUAUGGAGUUGGUUCACCUGAUUGCAGAGACACCGACAGACACCAGCACGCCAGGCGCUGGAGAGAGCAGGACCGGCCCCCCCUCGCAGCCACACAGUGGCCACAGCGACGACGGCCGGAGCCCAGCCACAGCUGUGCCCCCCACCACUCCCCAGGCCACUCCACAGCCUGACGACGCUGCCGUCUAUCACCUGCGAAAUGUAUCUGGAGACAUGAAGGGCGAGAUGCUGAUUGCGGCAGCUAAGGAGGGGUCAGUGAGCAAAGUGCGAACGUUGAUGGCAGUGGGGGCGGACGUGGAGGCGAAGGACGAGAACAAGCGGACAGCACUGCACUGGGCAUCAGCCAUGGGGCAUGGGGAGGUGGCGGCCCAUCUGUUGGAGGUAGGAGCAGGCGUUAACGCCAGGGACCGCUGGCAGAACACGCCUCUCCAUCUGGCUGCAUGGAAAGGCCAUGCAGCUGUGGUGCGGCUGCUGGCAGCUUCCUCUGCCGACCACAACGCCAGGGAUCAAAGUGGAAGCACGCCACUGCACGAUGCAGCACGGCGUGGCCGCACAGAGGCGGCGGCUGCACUGUUAGAGGCAGGGGCCGACAGGGAAGACAGGAAUUAUGGUGGGGACACGCCGCUGGACCUAGCCGAGCGGAACAACCACCAGUCGCUCAUAGACAUCCUAAGAUCAAGCUGAGUGUAAUGCAGACGACUACGGAGUAAAAUAAAUAAAGCUUUCUGUGUAACCUCUGCUACUUUUAAAAUAAACAAUUCAGAAAAGUUAA